AUGUUUUUGAGUCGGUUUGACGGGCAGUCGAGGCUGCUGGUUCGGGCUCUGAUGUCCGGAAUCUCCGGGACCCAGAAAGCGCUUACAGCCUUCCACAAGCAGCAGCGGGCGAACCCCGAGCUGUCGCUGGUUAAUCUCUUACAAACUCUGUGUCAGGACGAAGUAACUCGUCCAGAGGCAGAAAAUGAACCACUCGUCAUUAAACCAAUGGUGUGCUUGUUUUCAACACUGUUCAAACAGAACCUGCUGACCUUCGUCUAUCUGGUUCACUCUGUUCUUCCUGGGACCGCUAUUCUCCAUCUGCUCAAAUGUCUCAGUAAGGACUCCUAUGUGGACCCUUGGGUGACAGCUUUGAGUAGACAGCUGGAAAGAAAACUGGCACUCCAUCACGAUGAGCCUCUGUGCACCAAAGAUUGCAGCCAAAAACUGAAAGGGCUGAUAGAUGGUGUGGUCGGUUGUAGUGAGAAAGGAGGGUGGGCUCAGUGCUUUAAUGAUCAAAUAGUCAAAUCUGAAUCUCAGAUCAUAUCUGAUGUAUCUGAGGUGAGCACACAAAAGAAAAGGCGGGUCAGCUUUGUUCAUUUAGAGGAUGCUGAUGAUGACGAAACAAGGCAGCAGAGUAAACGGACAAAGUGGACUAUCUGGGAUGACAAGCUUGUUGAGUUGGAAGAUAAAGAUGUGAAGCGUGAUGCAUGGGAAGGAUCUGAAGGUGCUGCUCCCGCAGGAAGUCCUGCACCAAACAGUCCACAGGGCAACCUGCCUGAAAACCUGAGGGCCUCUUUUCUUCACAUAAAAGAAUUACUGGAAAGUCAAAAAGAGUGGGAUGAAACCUCUACAGAUGCAUUUAAAGUGCUGAAUGAAUGUGACUCUAGCCAAGUGGAGAUAUUAUGCAGCAUGCUGAAUUUGCCUGAAUUACCCGAACACUCUUUGCCUAAACUGUGCAACAGUAUUUUGUCUCUGUCUCCUGACCUAAGCUACAGUACAGCAGCAACUCUCUGCAGGAGCCUCCUGCUGGAGAAGGUUCUGUCCCUGUCAGAGCCUGCUUCCAGAUGUCUGGUGACAGCAGCAACAUCUCUAUGUAGCCACUAUCCCAGACCUAUAUGUCAUGCUGUAAUCUGUCCAGUGCUGGAAGACAAGACCAUAGGGCUCCCGCAGGCAGAGCUACUGAACAGACUCAUAGAAAGUUGUCUGGAUUCCCACUACAAACUGCUAGUUUUACAAAUGACUUUCAGAGUUUCUUGGAGUGAAGCUGUGCUCUCCAUUAUCCACAGCUUGCUAGACUCAAAGGCUGACUUGAAUGAAGAGGUUUUCACACAGUUCAUGAAGCAGCUCGUCAGUCAGAGUCCUCACGUCACAAAAUCUAUGAAGUUUGCCAAAAUGAUGCUGACAGUCCUCACCAAAUACAGCAGCCAUAUUACUGCUGCGCACAAACACUCCCUGACAAGCUGCCUAGAUGUAAACGAGACGUUCCUAAAGAAGUCACUUCAAGCUGCUUUAAAAAGGAUCUUACAUACAUGA